GAACAAUUCAACAUUAGCACUCAAACAUUUCAACACAAAAUUAAGAUUGGGAAUUCAACAUAAAGUAUAUUUUUAAUACUAGACAUCAUGAAAUCGGAAAACAAAGAUUUCAAAAUUUCAAAAGCCAAAGUUUGUAAAAAGCACGAAGUAGUUUUAAAAGGGGAAAAAAGUGCUCCCUGAAUUGUCUUCAUUGUUCGCAUAGCACAGCAGGAAACAAUAGUCAACCGCCGCGCCGGAAUUGUCAUCGCCGUCGUUGCCGCUUCCUUCGCCGGAAUCCAGUUGCCGUUGUCUUGCCGGGCCGGACCUAGGGUCGGAACCCUAGGUCGGCUCUUCUACUCCCUGCCGCCCCUGUCCUCUUCUCCAGUCCACGUCGCCACCAUCGCCAGACCUAGGGUCGGAACCCUAGGUCGGUGGUGGCAAUCCUCGCCGCUGCUAUGCGAUCCUCUCUCCUCUCGUCUCUAUCUCCUGAUCCCCGCUGCUGCCUGGUGCGUUUAUAGGGGCUGGAAUUUCGCUUCCCGUCUAGAAUUAGGAUUCAAGAUUGAAUCGGGGUCUUCCUAUUUGCUGCGAUUGAGAUCUUCCCGGGUUAGGACUCAAAAUCCGAGUCCAAACAUGCUUUGUCGCUGUUUGCCGCUGAUAAUCGAAGAAUGGCAGGUUUUUGUCUUCGUUUGGACCAUUCGAACAUGUCCGUCCGCUAAAAUUGGGCUGCUUUCCUUGGGCUACUUCAUCCAAAAAUCCAAACUUUAUAGUGGUCCAAUGGGUCAAAUGCCUCACAGACCAGCAUACCCGACUGCUUUGCGUGCCGAUGUUCACCUGGUGGGUUCUGGACCCAUCCAGCGCUUUGAGAUGUGGGGUCGUCAUCGCUCAUUGACGGAAUCUGUGUACUUAUCCUCGGCAGCUCUCGCCGAUUACGGAUACGCUGAAGAGAUGGAGCAGCUGUUACAAGGGACUAGGUGGCAUCGCCUCUUCAUGAUGCGGGCCGAGUCUAGCCUGCCACUGACGAUCGAGUUCCUGUGCUCUCUAGAGUUGGAGCCAUCUGCAGGGUCGAGGUCGAUGAACUUCCAGUCCAUCGACUCUCGUACAACCCUCUCUUUCACUCUCUUGGGGCGAGGAUUUCAGCUGACGGUCGCCGAUCUGGCUACACACUUGGGUCUCUACAGUUCGGAGGAGACAUCGACGCCAGAAUUCGAGGCCGCACCGUACCUUCUCCCUGCAGACAUUGAUCCCGCUGACUUUUGGGCAGAACAUUCUUCAGAUCCAGACCGCUUUGAGGGCAUGGGCCGAGCCAGGUUUUGGAUUCAGCCGACUUGGCGAAUCCUAUCUUUUGUGCUUUCGACAUCUUUCUUUGGGAGGCCGUUGAACACGGAUCGGGUAUACCCCGAUGAUUUGAUUGUCUUCUGGAGCCUGCACACACGCCGGGAGGUGAAUGUGGCUGUCUUUGUGGCCCGAUUUCUCUACAGUCAGUCCAUGGGGAAUCGGACGCACAUUGUCUGUGGUUUCGUAGUCACCAUACUCUUCCGAUCACUCGAGGGAUCGGCGCCCAUUCCACGAGCUCAGAUGAUGAUGCGAGAUUUGGAUGCCGGCAUGCUGAGGAAUGCCCACAUUCGUAGGAGGUUGGGAGCUGGCUCUACCGAGAGCAACGCCGCUUCCUCAUCUGCGCCCUCGACAUCAGGAGCAUCUUCGCAGGUCUCGUCUAGGAGGGCCACUCGCCGCCGACCCACUCCUCAGGCCACCCCAGCUACGACCCAGGCUGAUCCGACCCCUGAAUGGGCUAGGAGGAUCCUGGAGCAGCAGGAUACCAUCCUGCAGAGGAUGUCCGAAAUCGGACAGCAGCAGGCAUCCCAGGCUGAGAACUUUGCUCAGCUUCGAAGGACCUUUACUAGCUUUUACUCGGAUGAUGACUUCUUCAAUUGUAUGAUUGUUGCUGAUCAAGAAUCUGGGCGUGAUCAUGAAGGUAUUGUUUUUCAGAAAAAUGCAGGGAGGUGUGAUCAAAAUCCUCAAUUCGUUGAGUCUAAUGUCACUCCUGUGAAGAGCCCAGCAACUGCUCAAGUGGAUGAAGAUGAUUAUAUGGGUGGUGAUAAUGAUGAGUUAAAUGAGGACGAGUGCUUUAUUCGGAGGGAUGAUCCUUCUUUUGAUAUGUCUUUUGGUAAUGAGGUAGACGCGACAUUGGAUGGUGGCUUUGAAGAUGGGUCGGAUUUGGCCAUCGGACUUGAGUUUGCUGACAAAAGAGAGUUGAAGAAGAAGAUGGAUGAUGUUUCCAUACAAGGACAUUUUGAAACAAAGACUGUGAAGAGCGACAAGAAGAGACACAUUAGCAUUCGAAAUGGGAUAAGAAAGCACUAUUCGGCUGCGGAUCAUGGAUUGUGUAGGUAUCACAUCACUUGUAGUUUGAGGAAGCGUUUUCCAAAGAUGUGCAAAAAGGGGUUGGAUAAACUUUCUGAGAACCUUGCAAAUGCAUACACCAAACGGUCAUUCAAGAGGUUGUAUGGCGACUUGAAAGCAAGGUACCCAACUGCUGGCAAUUACAUUGACAAGAUCCCAAAGAAAAGAUGGGCCAGGGCGUAUUUUGAAAUAAACUGGUACCAAAUCAUGACGACAAAUUGCGCCGAAUCAAUCAGUAGCAUGUUGAGGGAGGACAGGGAACUUCCUAUUGUUGCACUUUUAAAAGCAGUCCAGAACAUGACUUCAAGAUGGCGUGGAAAAAGGCAACAAGAGUUAAGGUCUCUCGAUGAGUCAAAUCUCCCUGUUACCCCAGCUGUUGAAGCUGAAAUGUGCAAGAGAUUCAACACUGCCUUGCGCUUGGAGUGUCAUCAGUUGAAUCAAUACGAGUUUGAAGUCAAGGGAGUGCACUCUGACCAUGUCGUUAACCUUUCAAAUAAAACUUGCACCUGCCAAGUGUUUGACAAGGAUAAGAUACCUUGCGUGCAUGCACUCGCUUGUUCAGAACGCACAUGCAUAGAUUGUUAUAGCCUGUGUAGUAAAUUAUACACAAAGGAAUACAUGUAUAUCGCAUACGCGGAAACAAUCUACCCCAUGCCACAUGAAGAUGACUGGGAUGCCGAUGGAAUGGAGCUCAUAGAAGUCAAACCCCCUACAUUGAACAAGCAAAGAGGAAGGCCAACAACGAAAAGAUUUCCAUCGGACGGCGAGGCACGAAAAAAAUAUAAAUUGACAUGUUCUGGUUGCCAAGGAAAAGGGCAUACAGUACGGACAUGCGCAAAGAGACCUCGUAAAGACACAUCUACGACGAAUGACUUGAAUAAUACUGAUUGCAUUGGUUAUUAUGGUCCGCCUUCUUACUACCAAUCACCCAACCACCCUCCGUACCAAACCCAUCCAUCUUACCACCCGCAUCAGAACCCAUACGAUGAUGACUACCAAGUCAACAAUAGGUCUGACUACUAUCCCUACCAUGAGGAACCACCAUAUGAUACCCCGUCUAGGAACUUUGGAUAUUCUCUAUACCAAGAUUCUGAUGGGGAUAAUUAUUAUGAACCUCAUGGUGACCAAUAUGACUAUGACCACAAUGGGCCUAUAUACGACGAUCAACCUGAUCCGCUCGUCGAAGAGAUCAUAAGAUUAGAACAGAAAAACUUCUAUUUCGACGAACUUUUAUUCGCUGAAGGCUCCUGGUACGAACCACCCUACUCCCGUGACUACACUUUGUUUGCUGAAGAACAAAUUGAAGCAAACAAGGUGGCAAUUCGAGAAAGAGCAAAACUUCUUGAAUCAGUCCGGAGGGAAAAGGAGUUCAAAAGGAGAUUAUGCAAGGGAUCAGAAUUGAUGCAGAAAAUGCUAGACGACUUCCAAAGAGAGAGACUAGAAGCUGAGGCUAAAGCUGAUAAGUUAGUCAAUGAUCUCUGUAUGGCUGUUGAACUUAAACGCUCCCUCCAAUCGCAAAUAAGGGAGAGUAAUGUUCAAAAAGAGGCUCUAGAACCUAAGACCAACCCUGAACCCAUCAACCUACAGGUUCCAGUUCUAGAAGAUUCACCUAGUUCUACACCAUCACCGAAACCCGAGAGCAUAACAACUCUCGCUAGGGCUACUGUGGUGAUGUUACCUAAAUCCCUUUCUAGCCAAGUCACAACCAGUAUAGUCGUACAGAAGGUGGAACCAACUGAGGGACCUGACUCAGAACCACCUAUGCUCAUUCAAGAAAAGGAGAAGGAAGUUUUGCCUAUAGCAAUAAACGACCAUCUCCUUAAUUGUGUUGAAGACACACCUCCAGAGGAACCUGUUCUGGAGGAGAUAGAGCCCACUACCUACCCCCAAGAUUCCAACGUUCAAGAGUCUAAGGAGGAAUCUAUAGACGAAGAAAUACCUAGCACAGAGGAACCAAUAACGUCUAUAGAUAAUCAUGCUUCAUCAGAAGACUUAGACCAAACUUUCUUUGACUCCCUACUUGACGGGUGUGACUUUGUCUGCCCGAAGGAUAGUUGGAGCCAAAAGAGUUGGGAUGAACUUCUGGUAAGUGACACUGAAGACUCAUCCAUGGGGGAAAGCACGGUCGUAAUCAUCAAACCACAAAUGGAUGACACACCUCCAGAGGAACCUGUUCUGGAGGAGAUAGAGCCCACUACCUACCCCCAAGAUUCCAACGUUCAAGAGUCUAAGGAGGAAUCUAUAGACGAAGAAAUACCUAGCACAGAGGAACCAAUAACGUCUAUAGAUAAUCAUGCUUCAUCAGAAGACUUAGACCAAACUUUCUUUGACUCCCUACUUGACGGGUGUGACUUUGUCUGCCCGAAGGAUAGUUGGAGCCAAAAGAGUUGGGAUGAACUUCUGGUAAGUGACACUGAAGACUCAUCCAUGGGGGAAAGAACUGUCGUAAUCAUCAAACCACAAAUGGAUGGUCAGCCUGUUGAAGAUAAGAAAAAAAUCAAUCUCGCUAUGAAGGCCAAUGAUGUGGAUCAACUGAGGAGACUUCCGCCACCACCCACCUAUCUAGAGUCUCCUCCUUUUAUCCUGUUGCCGCCAAGCCGCAGGGACGAGUCAAGGAUCCUGGACCUUGACCGAGCAACAAAUCAAACAAGGUGGAACCAGAAGAGAGUCAGAAGGGCCAAACUUUAUGACUCUCGAAUCGGAAGGUCGCGGAAAAAGUGGAUGGAUGUUGCCUGGAUGAUUCCGCAUGGAAACCGCCGCACAUUACAGAACCUGGAAGAGCUCCCCUUGCACUCAGAAGAAGCAAGGAAGAAGUUUCUCACUUGGGGGAACACGAAGAUGCUCCAGCCUCCCAUGAGGAUCUUGCUGUUCCUGCAAGCACCAGCAAGCCUGGAAGUCACCAUUGAGUUUCUUUGCUCUCUCCGCUUCCUCAAUAACGGAGAGGAAGUAAAGUCAACAGCUGAAGUCACCUCCACCACUAAGCUCACAUUCACUCUGAUGGGACGACUGCUGAACCUUACCGUGGCAGACUUAGGGUGGCUGAUUGGUCUUUACACACUUGAUGAAACGCGGAGCUUGGCCUUUUCUAAUCUGCCCGACCAGUUGGAUCCAGAGUUCGAUGUUAAGAAACUCUGGCAAGCUCACGGGUAUGGACGAUUUCACAGUGGAGCAAGCAUAGCUAGGAAUUGGGUGUGUCCGUCUUGGAGAAUUUUACACCAUGCAUUGACUCAUAGCUAUUUUGGCCGUUCUCAUGACUCUGAUGUGGAGUUUGAUUCCGAUAUGCUAUUUUUCUGGAGUCUGGAAGCGCGCGUACCAGUCAAUCUAGCAACUUUUGUGGCUCGAUUCCUAUUUGCUCAGUCGACUAGCAACCACCAGUUUGUCUUGUGUGGACCAAUGGUUACACUUCUGGCCCGGGGAUUAUGUAUGACGGUCCCCAAUGUCCUCCCAGAAGCCGCAAGCAUGUUCCGACCGUCGACAAGGUAUUUGACCCAGAUCGCUUAUAAUAAAGAGGACAAGGAGGCACGCCCCAGAAAGCAGCAUAGAAUUCCCAUGACCCUUCGCGAGCUUUCACAGGCUAUGUUUGCAUUCCAGGAUUCUGUAGACUCUCGCCUAAGGAGCAUGGAGACGCUCCUUCUCACACAGUAAUGGCAGGUGGAGGAAAUACUUGAAUACACUCGGGAGCAAGAAACAAAGAAGGCUGAGCAUGGGGCAGGUCCCAAACAAGGCAAACGUCAGUGUUAGAAUAAUAGACCAACGCUAGAGGGGGGGUGAAUAGCGUUUGAUCAAAAAUCGCAGGAAUAAAAAAUGAAUAAACGAGAAGUAAAGAGAAGAGUAAGAGGCACACCGAUUUUACCCUGGUUCACCACAACUUGUGGCUAAUCCAGCCUCCCGAGAGACUCUCUCGAGCUACACUACUAUCUCGUUAAGCUUAACG